AUGGCUGAAAAAAUGCACCUUAGUUUCAUCAUAUUUGUCAUGACUGGUUUUAUUAUAUUUGUAUAUGUAAAUUCAACAACACACCUUGUUGGAGACAAGCUAGGUUGGAAUUUGCCUGGUUAUCCUAAGUAUUAUCAGGAUUGGGCAAACAACCAUACCUUCGUCGUUGGCGAUAAACUCGUUUUCCAGUACCAUCCAGGGAUUGGCACAGUUCUUCACGUAAACAAGGAAGAUUUUGAUAAUUGCACAAACAGAAAUACCAUCCGCACAUACUUCAGAGGAAACUCAACCGUUCCUUUGGACAGGCCUGGUGAUUAUUAUUUCUUCUGUUCAGUUGGAAAACGUUGUGAGCUUGGUCAAAAACUUUGGGUUAGAGUUCAAGGAAAAACCUCAAGGAAAGCCCUCAUGUAA